AUGGAGGAAUUCGAUGAGAUCACAUUCUCACACAUGCCCCGAGUCAAGAAUCAAUUUGCAGACGCUCUAGCUACCCUCGCCUCAAUGUUGGAGAUCCCAAAAGGAGUUGCGAAAUGGGAACUCACCGUCGAACUCCAGGAGGAACCCACAUUCUGCCUACAGAUCGAUGAAGCUGAACCUCCCUUAAAUGAUCAGCCAUGGUACACAGACAUCAAGGAAUACCUCGAACACCAGAAGUACCCGAAAGGAGCAACACUGACCGAUCGUCGCAUUAUACAACGGUUAGCAGCACAGUUCGUCAUCACUGAGGGUAUCCUUUACAAGCGAUCCUUCAACCAAGUCCUUCUCCGUUGUGUGGAUGAGACAGAAACGGCACAGAUCAUGUCAGAAAUCCAUGAAGGAUUAUGCAGCCCACACAUGAAUAGACAUAUGAUGGCAAAGAAGAUCCUACGACUCUACUACUAUUGGCUUACAAUGGAGACAGACUGCUAUAAGCAUGUCAGAAGAUACUUCAAAUGUCAGGAGCACGCGAACCAAAUCCAUGCGCCUACUUCCGAGCUCUACAACCUAACAGCACCAUGGCCCUUCUCUGUAUGGGGACUGGACAUCAUCGGCAAGAUCAACCCCAAAGCUUCAAACGGGCAUGAGUACAUCCUAGUGGCAGUAGAUUACUUCACCAAGCGGAUAGAGGCGAUAUCAUACACUACCAUCGCUGCAUCUCAUUUCAAGAUUCAAUGCCAUCGGUCAAGUCCUUACCGUCCUCAAAUGAACAGUGGGGUAGAAGCCGCAAACAAGACCAUCAUACGCAUAUUAGAGAAGAUGGUGAAGACAUAUCGUGACUGGUCGGAGAUGCUUCCUUACGCGCUCUGGGCCUAUCGGACGUCUGUACGGUCUGCUAUAGGCGCAACUCCAUAUGAGCUCACAUAUAGAAUGGAAGCGGUACUGUCAGUCGAAAUCAAAAUCACAUCACUUCGAGUAUUGCUGGAAAGCGAAGUUAAGAAAGGCGAGUGGCAACAAGCAAGGUAUGAUCAACUGCACCUGGCAGACGAAAAGUGCAUGCGGGCGCUAAGCCACUCCCAAUGUUACCAAAGAAGGAUCGCUCGGGCCUACAACAAGAGGGUCCGGAAGAGGAGCUUCAAAGUCGGCGAUAUGAUCAUGAAACGCAUCCUACCACCGCAUUUACCAGACUCCAGAGGAAAGUUCAAACCCUCGUGGGAUGGGCCGCUGAUCAUUCGGGAAGUACUCCCGGGAGGUGCUCUUCGACUCACCAAUCUAAGAGGAGAAGAUCUUUCCGAGCCUAUCAACGCUGAUCAUGUGAAAAUCUAUCACAGGUAA